AUGACGACUAUUUUGAGAGACAAAAAAUUCAGGGAAGAAAUAAUGAAGCAGUACCAGGAAGCGAGAGAAACCUAUCUUGAUCUGGAUAAUAAAGUAAGGACUUUAAGAAGGUUCAUUAAGUUACUAGAAGAAAUAAUGACUCAUAGGUACAAAACAUAUCAACAGUUUAGAAGGUGUUUGACGUUGCGAUGCAAAUUAUACUUUGACAACUUACUAUCUCAGCGGGCUUACUGUGGAAAAAUGAAUUUUGACCACAAGAAUGAAACUCUGAGUAUUUCAGUUCAGCCUGGAGAGGGAAAUAAAGCUUCCUUCAAUGACAUGCGUGCUUUGUCCGGUGGUGAACGGUCUUUCUCCACAGUGUGCUUCAUUCUUUCCCUGUGGUCCAUUGCCGAAUCACCUUUCAGAUGCCUGGAUGAGUUUGAUGUCUACAUGGAUAUGGUUAAUAGGAGAAUUGCGAUGGAUAUGAUACUUAAGAUGGCAGACUCCCAGCGUUUUAGACAAUUUAUCUUGCUUACCCCUCAAAGCAUGAGCUCACUUCCUUCAAGUAAACUGAUUAGAAUUCUUCGAAUGUCUGAUCCUGAAAGAGGGCAAACCACAUUGCCUUUCCGACCUGUGACUCAAGAGGAAGAUGACAAUACAAGCUGACAACUUAGUGCCUUGCCCUCAUGCUGAAAGGUUGUGAGGGGAUCUGGACUGUCGGAUGGAAUAGAAUGAGACUAGAGAGAUUCUGGAAUAGAAGAGGCUCCUUUAAUCUGACCCAUCGAUUGUGUGCAGCCUAGAAAACCAGCCGCUGCCAACAGUUAAAAUUACUACUGCUUUCUUUGUGAAAACCAAUUUCAUAAUACUGGUUUUAAAUCUUUUAAGUUGGUUUGCUUUGGAGUUUCUGUAUUUUGUUUGUUUUUAUCAUCUACUUUUAUAAAUUUUUUCAGGAGUAAAAUUUUGUACAUAUGCACAUGUACAUAUCUGUUCAGUUUGGGUUCAUUUCUAUAGUAUUUUGUAAGAAUUAAAAUAAAAGUUUGAGCACC